GUUGCCGUUCCGCCGGAAGGCAGGUGGGCUGCGUGCUCAGGAUCGCGGAGGAAUUGUGUGUCGCUAUCAGGACUCGUCGUACUGUUUCAAUCUUCAGCACAAAUCGCCAUGCCUGCAAAGAAACUGCCUCCCUAUCACCCUUCUCAGCCUGAGCCGGACAUUGCUCCAUUCGACAUUUCGACCGCUGUAGAUGCAGAGCACGACAAGCCCGCUGGUGACGAUGAACUUCUGCCCAAAAUACCCAAGGAUGCCAACGACAAGACUGUAGUAUUUCCGCCUCUUAUCUUGGGAUGCUCCACAUUUGGCUACGGGAUAUAUGCCGACGACGAUAAUGUCCGGUCGUCUAUGCCAUUACGGGUUGUGCGAUUGGCUUUGCGCAGCGGUAUGAACGCCUUUGACACUGCACCAUGGUACCAUCCAUCAGAAAUCAUCCUCGGCAACGCGCUUGCCGCGUUAGAUUAUCCUCGCGGAUCAUACCAUAUCAUCACCAAAGUUGGUAAAUACGGACCCAACUCGUCUGAUCAUAUGUAUAGUCCCGAAGUUGUCCAAGCUAGUGUGGAAAGAAGUUUGCGAAGGCUGAGGACUGAUUAUCUCGAUGCUGUUUACCUGCACGAUGUAGAAUAUGCUUUACCCGGCCCAUCAUACGAAGGUGACCCUGUAUCUCUUCUUUCCACCAUCUUAUCCCAGCCUCCGGUACCUACCGCCGAAGAACUCAAGAUCUUAGACGGCAUUGGCGCCCUUCGCAAGCUCCAAACCACGGGCCAUAUCAUACUCGUUGGUAUCGCCGGUUACCCUCUGCCUAUCCUCCUUCGUCUCGCUCUUCUCGUACUCCAUAGUACCCGAAAACCGCUCGAUGUCGUCCAGACGUACGCUCAUCAUACCCUGCAGAAUGAUGCGCUCCAACAAGGCUAUCUACAAGCUCUGGCGGAGAAAGCGGGUGUGAGGCAGAUAGUGAGCGCUUCACCCCUUGCUAUGGGUCUCCUCACCACUUCAGGUGGACCUGGUUGGCAUCCAGCGAAGGACUAUCCAGAGUUGUUCAAUGCUACCCGGGCAGCGGUGGAGUUGUGUAAAGAAAAAGGGACGAAGCUAGAAGACGUAGCGCUUUCGUUUGGAUAUCGUCCACUGAGCCAGCCAAACGGUAGACGGGUGCCGAUCGUGGUGGGAUGUAAAGAUUUGCAAGAGAUGAAGGAGACGGUGAGAAGAUGGAAAGAGGUAAAUCCAGCCCAAGGGGGCGAAGGGGGGCUGGAGAAGAAGGAACUGGAGGAGGAGGUGAAGAAGUUGUUUACGGAGAAGGGGGUACAGGGGUGGAGCUGGGCUUGCCCGAGUGAAGCACAAAGGGCUGGAUAGGGUCCUGUCUGGUGUCUGCAAACGAGAAUUAGUAAUGAAAAAUGGGUUUUGCAUAUCUCAAUGCAUAACAGAUUGAUGGGAUGCGUCGCAAAGGUAUCUUUUCAUCGAGCAGUUGAAAUGAAGAUGGUUGUAAACGCGCU